UGGCGGCGACGGCAGCGGCAACGGCGACAGCGACAGCGCGCGCAGUCAGUGACGUUACGGGGAUCCCUUCUGGUGCACACACGGUCCGCGGUCCGCUCAUUCGCUCCGUCUAGUUCGAGUAGUAAUAGUAAUAAUAAAACACAGCGCACCGCGCGCGCCGCUGCACGGUCGGUCACUCAAGCUAUAUAUUAUUAUUAUUAUCGUCACUCACUCGAGCACACGCGCGCCACCGCACCACACGUCGUCACGCGAACAUGUCGUCCGGGUGCUAGUCAUCAUCGCUGUCUGCUCGUUUGUUUGUUUGUUUGUUUAAAUUGUUUUAAUUUUUUGAAAAAUAAAUUUUUCUAUUUUAAUUUUUAUUUCAAAAGUUUUAUCUCGUUACGCGAAUUUUUUUCUCAUUCCCGAUAAUUUUUCGUUCGUUUCGUUCGUCUUGAUAAUUUAUAGUAUUAAAUAUUACGUACGGGCAAGCGUCUCAUCAUCCCAUCACAUUAUUUAUUUUUCCUCGUGUCGUAUAAUAAUAUUGUAUAAUAUUAUUAUCAUCAUAAAUAUCAUCUCCGAGUCGACUCUAACAUAUAAUAUAUACGGUAUACGUAUAAUAGUUGAUUGUCGUCGAUCGUCAUGUUGAUGUCUGGCGCAAUGACCAAUCCGGACACUAGCCUGUUGGGUACGGCCGAGGGUCUGGUCGGCAGCCUGGCCAGCCUGACCGCUGUGCCCGGCACUGGCGGCGGUGGCGGCGGAGGUGGCCAGCAAAAAGACACCACGUGGACCAAGCUGUUCGUCGGCGGACUGCCGUACCACACCACCGACAAGUCGCUCAGGGAUCACUUUGCCGUGUACGGCGAUAUCGAAGAGGCGGUCGUCAUCACGGACAGACAGUCCGGCAAGAGCAGGGGCUAUGGAUUUGUGAUCAUGGGUGACAGACCCGCGGCCGAGAGGGCGUGCAAAGAACCGAACCCAAUCAUCGACGGGCGGAAGGCUAACGUAAACUUGGCCAUACUGGGAGCAAAACCUCGAGGAAAUUUACAGCCAGCGUUUGCUUUUCCGAGUAUAAGAGCUGGAUACUCUGCUGUGAUACCUAGCCAAUUUGGGGUCCAGCCCAGCUACCUGUACCAAGCCGGUCAAGCGGCCAGCGCGGCGUACUUGGGCGGCGGUGGCGUCAUGCCGCUAGCCCCGACGCAUGCCGCAGCAAUGGCCGCGGCCACGUCGCAGUUCUACGAGUACCAGAACGCGGCCGCGGCUGCAGCAGCCGCAGCCGCUCUGUCAUCCUAUCCGUCGCAGUACGCCGCCGCAGCCGCAGCGGCUGCAUCGUUCGAUCCGUACACAUCAGCAGCAGCAGCCGGAGUCGCCAACUACGCCACGCCGUAUUCCUACGCGGCACUGCCCAGCAGUACCGCGGGUCUGCCGACAGCCGCGAGCUCGGCCAGCGCGUUCACCGGCCUGUCACCGUACACAGCCGCUGCCGCCCAACAAGCGGCGUCGCUGCAAGAAGCCCGAUUACAGUAGCAUUGUCAAUUCAAAGCAGCCCGUGCCCUCCGUCCUAGAUUACGAAUUUUUCAGAGUCAGGGACAUCGGUAGUGUGUCGUCGUCGUUGUCGACAGGCAGACAAAAACAAAAAAAAAAAAAAAUUUAAUUAAAUAAAACUUAGGAAUACGUUCGAUUAUUAUUAUUAUUAUUAUUAUUAUUAAUAACAUAAGACAUAAUACUAAUAUUAAUUGUAAAAUAACUCAUAUUAUAUAUUAUAUAUAUAGAAAAAAUUAAAAAAAAACUAUAUCGUCGUCAAAAACGAAAUUGUCCGCAGCUUACCAAAAAAUUUUUUAUUAUUAUUAUUAUUAUUAUUUAAUAAUAAUGAAAACAUUAGACUUUAAGUAUAUUAUAUUAUAUAGAUAAUAAUUAUUGUAAUAAUAUUUUAAAUUGUCGUGUAGUAUUUAGGUAGUGGCCGUCGUCGCGAUUAAGACCGCGGUAUAAUAUGUGCAUUAAAAAAAUAAUUUAAACGCGCGCGCAUCACUUAAGCUUUUCGUUCAUGUUUUGUUUGUGAACGAUGGCGUCGAUCACUUAUUAUACUAUUGUAUUGAAAUAUACUAAGUAGAUAAAGAAAAGCGACGUCUACACAAAAAUCACUCGCGUAUUAAUGUACUAUGUUUGUGUUUUUCGCCCUUCGGAAAAAAAACAACGAAAUCUACAAACGCGCGGCUAUUCGAAAUCACAUUUUAUUAUACAUCGAUACCGACAUACCGUUACCAAUUUAUUAUCGUGACCGACGCGAAAUAUUGUAACAAUACCUGAUUUACCUAUACGAAUAUUAUAUGAGCCUAUAUUAUAUAUUAUACAGGUUAUGACCGUGCAAUCGCAUCUCGAGCGCAUAAAUUAUGUAUUAUUAUUUUGUUUAGUUCAAUUUUAUUUUAUUCAAUUUUAUUAUAUAUAUUUUUUUUUUCGAUUAUUUAUUUAAUUUGUGUAUACAAAUUAUUGUUUGUUUAAUACUUUAGAUUUUAAUUUAUUUUAUAGCGAUCGUAAAUCGUAGUAGUUAUCCAUCACGUUAAUCCUAGACAAUUAUUUUCGGGCAAUUAUAAAAGUUGAAACAUUAAAGACGUAUACCUAGAUAUUAUAUUUUAAUGAUUAAAAAUGGGUUCAGUAAAAUACAUUUUGUGCCAAACAUUGAAAAUAUUGGGCAGUUUAAAUGUGAUAUAUUUGAUAAACUAACUAGUAACUAUCCCAAAGCAAAAGUGCAAAUAAUUAUAACAUUAUGUGCAAAUAAACCCCGUGGAUAAAAUUGUUUAAAUUAGUCGAAAACCUGCUGAUUGGUGGGUAUAACAUUAUACACGGAAAAAAUUAUGUAUCUAAACUAUAUAACUUAUACUAUAAGAUAAAUAAUAUCAUAAUUAAUUACGAUUAAUACAUAUAUAUAUAUUAAAAUAGCCAUCCAAUUAUUAAUAUAUUAAGUGGUUAUUGUUUUAUUAUAUAUAUUAAAAAAAAAAAAAAAUUGAAACAACUAAAUAACUUUUUUAACGUAUAAAUUACGAUCACGUACUAUAACAAUAUAUAAUUAAUAUGUUUUUAUUUUUAUCCAUAUAAUUACUAUCGUAAAUAUAUUUAUUUAAAGAAUUAUCGAUAACGAAUAUAAUAUAUGCCUAGUCUAUAAUGUAAUUUU